GCUAUACCGACGAAUGAGGCGAUCAUUUGGGUCGAAUUAACGGAGCCAUAAAUACGGCCCUUGCACCGAAUAGCUGCAAUUGUUACGUCUUAACAUGCUGGACAAGACAACAAGAAUUUUAAUCCCUAUAAUUUUGCUCCCUCUUUUAAUCACUUCUUAUGCCAUGAAAUGCGAUGACAUAUUGGAGUUGCCCGUCGACAAGAAAUUGUCGCUGCAGGAGCUACAGAUGAUUCCGCCAAAAGAUAUGAUACAAUGUAUGGCCCAACUGGGCCGAGAGCAGAUGAAGAAUGAGGAAGCGACAUAUAUUUGGACGUCAAUCAUUAAUUACUUCGGAGGCGUAGCUGACGUGCCCGACAAUAUUCUUAUGCUGCUCCACUGGGUCACUCCUGGCAUCCCCCCGGAACAUUUCUCUAACAUGACUUUAAGUAGCAUCGACGUGAUAGAAAACUUUGGUCUGAAUUACAACUUAAAUGAAGCUCAAAUUGCUGCUCUUGCCGACCGGGUGCGUGAAGAUUUUGCCGGAAAGGAGCCAGAAGAUUACACAUACUAUGAUUUGACAGCUUUGCGUCAAAUAUUGUGCGGUUUUAACAGAAGUGAAAUCGAGAGGAUCCACCCGGCGGCGUACAGAGAAGCCGCUCUGAUAAUAAGUAAGCUGGAGCGCUGUGAUCCGGCCGUGUUGGGAGGGUUUGCGACACUUGCGGUCCAGGAGGACGCGUUUGGGCCACCUGCUUCAUGGUCAGAGUCCACGUGGGAAGUCGUGGGCAGUGUCGGAGAGUACGUCGGUGCAAAAGGACCUCAGCGAUCCACCGUCGUCACCGCUGCUCCGUCUGGCAACAACACUACAUAACAAUAUUCUUUUUUACAAAAGAAGUAGAAAGUCAGUUUGUAGAAGCAAUAGAUAGUAUGUAGCUAUUCGAUAAAGAUUAAUAAGUUAUUAGCUUGUCAACAAGGAAUUAGCCUGUUUAGUUUAUGGCUAUUGUAGAACAAAACCCUAUUUCCAACCUUUGCCAAAUGUGCGGAAUGAACCGGAAUAGGUAUUAAGUAAACAACUUGUGAAUUCUCUAUUACAAUGCAGCCAAAAUAAUAUUCAAUCAAAUGCAGCCGAGGUUUGACGGGUGCAAUUUGGUUUGCCAUUCAAAAAGUGCGAGGACAAACUUACUAUAAAAUUAUGACGUAAAACAUUGUAGGCACAGUGUAGUUUUUAAAUACAAUACAGUUAGUUGCUUUUACAAUAAAAAGAAUUGAAUUGCAAUCAAUGUCAGAUGUCAGAUAGGUAUUUACAGUUGUAAUAAGAAUAAAUUAGAGAGGUUUACAAAUAGAUAAUAAAAAGGAACUAAAACUCUUAAUUCAUAUUAUUUACUUCAAGAAUGAGUCACGUUUGUUAAAUAUGAUUUAGAAAUUAGUUGUUAUAUA